AUGUCGGAAAUCCACAUAGACCCUGAAGAUGACAUAGACAAAAUCUCAACGAAAUGCUUCAACGGUAUCCGAGCGUGUGUGGUGGGUGCACAAGGCCCUAGUCAAGGGUAUCACAUGUACGGUGCCCCAGGGACCUACCGUGUGUUGCUGAUCGGCCCUCGGGGAUCCGGCAGGAAAACGCAGGGCCGGAUGUUGGCUCUACACUUUGGAAUUGUUUAUGUGGAUUUCUGGGAACUACUCAUGGAAGCAAAGGAGAGAAAUGAUGAGAUAGGAGAAAAACUGCGUCUUUAUGGGCCAAGUGUUCGGCUCAAGAUCGAUAUUGUAUGCCGUAGGAUUAUGCAAAAGGAUUGCAUCGACAACGGUUGGGUAAUGGUCGGAUAUCCAACUUCAGGCGUCGAUUUUGAGAACUUGGAGAACAUAACAACUCCACCAAAUCGAGUAAUCUUCCUGAACGUGAAUUGGCAGACGUGUAAGGAGCGCGCGAUGUCGGUAGCAGUGGACUGGUGCACCGGAAAACGCGUUGCCCCAGGAUCUGGACCGCGAACCGUUAUUCAUCCAGGAGAAAACGAGGCUCAGAUAGACAAUGAUUUAGACUACUUCUUUUCUGAGGCGCUGGCAGAACUUCGAGCUGCAGCGGGAAUCACUGCGGUGGAGAUUAGCGCGGAACAGGACUCAAUUGAGGAAAUACAAGUGAAGAUACAAGCUGCUGUCAUUGCAACACCAGCUUAUGAUAUCGUCAUUGGAUGCCCACUCCGCAACGUCCGAGGUGAUUAGCCAGUUGAUGUUUUUUAGAAUAUUUCUUAUCAGGUAGAUAAUGUUACCACUAGUUAUAGUUGAGUUUUAAUAAAAGAUAGUUUCCUUUAUAGAAAAAUGUUUUAUUUAUGUACUCCUCCCGUGCUUCAAUUGAAAUUAUUUAAAUUACUACAUAAUUUUAUUUCACUAAAUUAAGAGCUAACAUUCUGCAGUCUCAAAUAAUUACAGUUACAUACAUAGAACACUGAGGUAGUCUCGAGUGGGCAGAGAC